GGAAAUUCAAAACUCCUCAACCCCACGAUCCUUCCAAUUCAACUCUCUCCAUAAAUGUCUCUAUAUUCCCCGAUUCAUAUAUUCCGUUAAACCUUCGCUGGAAGCCAGAAGUACCCGUUCAUCUUCUCGUCAAUCUCUUUUUGUAGUUGAUCUCGAAUUUCACAUCGGCCAUGAAUCCAGAAUAUGACUACCUUUUUAAGCUUUUGCUUAUUGGAGAUUCUGGUGUAGGCAAAUCAUGUCUUCUUCUGAGGUUUGCUGAUGAUUCCUACCUUGAAAGUUACAUUAGUACCAUUGGGGUAGACUUUAAAAUACGCACAGUGGAACAGGAUGGAAAAACCAUUAAACUCCAAAUUUGGGAUACUGCCGGGCAAGAACGUUUCAGAACGAUAACUAGCAGCUACUACCGUGGGGCCCAUGGCAUCAUUGUAGUUUAUGAUGUGACUGACCAAGAGAGCUUCAACAAUGUCAAGCAAUGGUUGAGUGAAAUUGACCGAUAUGCCAGCGACAAUGUUAACAAGCUCCUUGUUGGAAACAAGUGUGAUCUCACAGCACAGAAAGUUGUGUCUACAGAAAUAGCCAAGGCAUUUGCAGAUGAAAUUGGAAUUCCUUUCAUGGAAACAAGUGCGAAAAAUUCAACUAAUGUGGAGCAGGCUUUCAUGGCUAUGGCUGCUGCUAUUAAGAGCAGGAUGGCCAGUCAACCAGCCAUGAACAAUGCUCGACCUGCAACCGUGCAAAUUCGUGGACAACCCGUUAACCAAAAGUCAGGCUGCUGCUCCUCCUGAAGGGAAAAAGUAAAGUGGUGUCUUUAUUCUACUGCACUCUCAAGGAAUGUAAAAUUAUUGUUUCCUCUUUUAGCCCUUUUAAGAUGAAAACUCCUUUUACAAUGAUUUGCUUCUGUCAUUACUUUAGCAGUUUCGUUAAGAACAUAAUUCUUUUCAAUGCAUUGUGACAGAAAUAUUUGUGAAGGUUUGUCAGAAUUGUUUCA